UGAUGAAUUUUAUAGGAUAGUUAUUCAACACCAACGCUUCUUCUAUCUGUUUUAUUUCAUCAUUUAGGUCUUUUCUUGUACCACUUUGUGCUACUGCUCGUUUUAUUAGACAUUUAAAAUCUGAUCCAUAAUUGAUAAUUGUAUGUUAUGGAAGUAAUUAUUUUUCAUGGUAUAGUAUGUAACUUUUGAAGUUAUUUGUUUUUCACCGGUAAUAUAAUAUGUUAAAUGUUUUUGUUCAAUAUAGUUGGAUCGGAACUGUGAAAUUGUGAAGGUGGCAAGAGCAUUCAAUCUCGUGGAUGAGAGUUACGAGAAAAUGAUAUCUACUAAAGUAAAUCGCUGUAGAUCUUCAAAACAAGCCCUUAACGAAACCGUAGAAAGCCAAAUGAAAAGUCGUCAACGUUUGGUUGAUAUGGCUCUAGCGAAUCGUGACCUUCGAGAUGAAAUAUGGCACUAUGCAUAUUUGAAUUCAUCUCUGUCUUCAGAAAUUGAAGGACUUCGGAGUGAACUUGCGAGUUUACACAAUGAAGAACACUGUAGUAAUGAAAACGCCAAUGCUGUGAAUUCGAAGCCGAGGAAAUUUCAUGCAUUGGAUUCAGAUGAAAUUGAUAAACUUUAUUUAAGAAAUCAGGAUCUUAAUAAAGUGGAGACGAAUAAAAUUGAAUCACAAGAAAAAGGAAAAGAAGAAGAAAAUACUUCAGCCAAAUUAUCCCUGGGAAAUGGUGGAGACUCUACAACAACCACUACUACUGGUGUUAGUACAAGUGACAGAAUGGUGGGACCUUCAAGAAUUGUUCCAUACAAUGAAGUACCGCAGCAAUGUAAACCUUCGUGAUAAAUAAAAUUUUCUUCCAUCACCAUCAUAGAUUACGUGGCAAUGUUGGUGUUUUUUUAAAAAUAAUAGAUUGAUCGCCAGAAAUGCCUUUCUUUCCUUAGAAACUACUAUUGUGAUUAUUAUUAUUAUUACUUGGUGAGUAGAAACCUUAUUUUGUUAUAAAUCACUCCAACAUACUCUCGACUAUUCUCUGUGCUAUUUCUUUUAUCUGUUCGUUGUUUUUGCAUAUUUUGUGGUAAAAAAAAGAUACAUAGAAAUUAUAAAUAUCCCUUCUUGUUGUA